GAAAGCUACAACCAGCUGAUAAUAUUCAGCUGACUGACGAAUGUUAAUGUUUAGUUGACGCCGCUACUCAGUUUAUUGUUAACACUCCGAGCUGCCGGUCACGACACCCGUCAAACACAACCGUGAUAACUGAUAACAUAUAUUUUAUUCAAAUAUUUGAAUAAUUAGGGUUCGUUGAGAGUCGCUGGUUGUUUACUUCUUCAAAUUUUUCCUUUGACCUCAAACAAAUUCUUUGCGUACAAUAAAAUAUUUAGUAUUGUAUAUUUUGUACAAACAUGUUCUGUUAUUAGCGUUAUCUUGAAUAAAUAAUUAGUAUUUACGUGAAUCAACAGGAUUUACGUGCCAACUUUUAUUAUUAAUUAUUUUAACUUUGUGAUUUUUUUAUUUGUUUUGCUGAAAUUUUAUUUAUUUAUAUAAUAUAAUUAUUUUUUUUUUUAAUGAAUAAAAGGAAGCUGUUCUUCUUCGUAAUCUCGUCUUCUAUUCAAAGCACUUUAUUGAUGUGAUUGAUGAUUUAUUGAUCGAUAAAAUAAAAAUCUUUGUUUAAAUUAUUUAUCAGUAACGGAGCAAAAAUUUUAAAUCAAACUUUCGGUGAUUUGGCAGCUGAAGUUUUGCAAUUAAAAUAAAAAUAUCAAAUGUUGUUAAUGAAGUGUAAUUGUACCUGAAAUUUCGUGUUUACUGAAAGUUAUUUUAUCUAGUAAGCUUUGGGUUGUAUUAUAAGUUUUUUUGAGUUUAAUGAACGCGCGGGGAAGUGAGUGUGUGUCAUGCUUGUUUUCAAAUAAAUUAUUACAAUAGAGGUACCUUGACAUUUUUGCAACACUGCUGUUAUUACCAAACAGCAAUUUUCGAUAUUUAAUUAAAAGUUUUAUUAAAAACUAGCUAUCAAAAAUGAGUCGAGCGUCAGCGGAUUAUGUCAAAGCUGUCGAAUGCGGCAUCCAACCUACAGAGACUGUUGAAACUAAAAUUUACAGAAGAAGAUGGUUUAUUUUGGCGAUUUUUGUAGUCUACAGUGCAUCAAGUGCUAUGCAAUGGAUUCAGUACAGUAUUAUUACGGAUAUUGUAAUGAAAUAUUACAAAGUAGAUGCAUUUAUGGUGGAUAUGACGAGUAUGAUCUACAUGAUUACUUACAUACCUUUUAUUUUUCCUGCUAGUUAUGUUUUGGAUAAAUAUGGCUUGAGGUACGCUGCAUUAGCCGGUGGAUUGGGAACAGCCCUAGGUUCAUGGGUAAAAGUAUUCAGUGUUGAGCAAGACCAAUUUUUGAUCGCAUUUAUCGGACACACAAUUGUUGCAUCAAGUCAGUGCUUUAUUUUGUCAGUCCCCGCGAGACUAGCCGCAGUUUGGUUUGGACCAGAUCAAGUCAGCAGUGCAUGUAGUAUUGGUGUCUUUGGUAAUCAACUGGGUAUCGCCAUCGGGUUCCUGUUUCCCCCGAUGCUGGUCAAAGAUAGCCCGGAUCCGGCGAUCGUCAGAGAUGGACUAAAAGUUAUGAAUUACAUGAACGCUACUAUAACUACCGUCAUUUUCCUCUUGAUCUUAUUUUUCUUUAAAGCAAAGCCUCCACUACCUCCAAGCCCGGUCCAGGCUGUGCAAAACGAGCUGGAGAAAUCUGACAACUUCUUCCAAUCACUAAAAAGACUCGGGCUGAAUUUUGGCUACGUAAUGUUGCUGUUAAGUUACGGAAUAAAUGUUGGGAUCUUCUACGCCAUAAGCACCGUUCUAAGUCGCAUUGUUACGAGUCACUUCCCCGGAGCGCAAGAAGAUGCUGGUCGUAUGGGGCUUGCAAUCGUCUGCGCUGGUAUGUUGGGCUCUGUAAUGUGUGGAGUGAUUCUUGACAAGACUCGGCGGUUCAAAGAAACGACGCUCGUUGUUUAUAUUUUUUCCCUGCUGGGAUUAGUUGUAUUUACGUUUACAUUAGACUCUGGAUCAAUCAUAGUCUUUUAUGCGACCUUAUCUUUAUUGGGAUUUUUCAUGACUGGUUACCUACCAGUAGGUUUCGAAUUCGCAGCUGAGCUGACCUACCCAGAACCAGAAGGAACAUCUGCAGGUCUAUUAAACGCCCUGGUUCAAGUGUUUGGAAUAAUAUUUAUCAUUGUUUACGGGUACCUAAUCGACGUAACCACCGAUUUCUGGGCAUCACUUGCUCUCUGUGGAAUUUUAGCAGUCGGCGCAGUGAUAACAGCUAUCAUUCCUAAUAAUUUAAGACGGCAGAACGCUAAAUAAUCCAUUAAAAAUAUUUAGCGCUUCUAUUUAGCUAGACAAAUGUUAUCAGUUACAGUAAUUGGUACCUCACAGUCACAAUUACUACUUCUAUACCUGACGUUGUACCUAGUUGUUAUAUAAUAGAAAUACUAAGUUCGAGUAUUCGUGAACAGCCACAACUUUUGUGCCAAACUUUGGGGAUUAAAUAUUUAAAUAGAUUCCAGAACUAAAAA